AUGACGCCUCCUCAACUUUUCACAAUUGCCGACAUACGCAAUGCCGGCACUGCCAACAUGGACCCGAAAUGGGCACAGUACCUCAAUGAAGGAGCCAUGGAUUUGGUGACUCUCAAGUCCAACGAAGCGGCUUUCGAACGAUACAGAAUAAUGCCGCGAAUCUUAAGAGAUGUUGCGACUGUCGACAUGAGCACCACACUCUUCGGAUCUAAAGUUUCAAUGCCUCUUGGCUUUUCACCCGCCGCUAUGCACUGUCUUGCACAUCCUGAUGGCGAAGUGGCCACUUCAGGAGCUGCCGCAAAGGCUGGCAUCGCGAUGGCCUUGUCAAACUGGUCAACCAAGUCACUCGAGGAUGUCAUUGCUGCGGGAAACGAGGUUGGAAACGGUACCCCGUACGCAGUGCAGACAUCGACUGGAACUCCAAAACCAUCAAUUGAGGAGCUUAUACGCAGAGCAGACGAAGCAGGAUACAGUGCCGUUUUGCUGACGGUGGAUGCACCCGCGCUUGGAAGACGGCUCAAUGAGUAUCGAAAUGGUGUCGAGCUUCCUACGGGAAUGAAAUUUCCGAAUAUCUCUUUUGAUCCCUCCAGCUUCAGAGGCAUAAAGCGAGAUGCCGCAAGCACUUUUGAAACAUUUCUUCCUUGGAUAGCCAGCCUUGUUCCCCCUCACAUGGAGCUAUGGCUCAAGGGAAUCUACACCCCCGAAGAUGUGAGAAUUGCCGCUACAUAUCCGUUCAUUCGCGGUAUCAUAAUCUCCAACCAUGGCGGCAGACAGCUCGACGGCGCUCCGGCAACCCUAGAAGCCUUACCCGACUGCGCUGCAGCAGUGAAAUCUGUGAACCUGUCGCGGUCGCCUGAGAAUAAGCUUAGAAUUGCCAUUGAUGGCGGAAUCCGGAGAGGAAGUGACAUUUUCAAAUGUCUGGCGCUAGGCGCAGAUUUCUGCUUUGUUGGUCGACUGGCGAUGUGGGGCUUGGCGUAUGAUGGACAGAGAGGCGUCGAGCGCGCUUUGACUCUGUUGAAUGAAGAGCUUGAGACGUGCAUGAAGCUCGCUGGAUGUAAGACUUUGGCGGAUAUUGGGCCAGAAAGCUUGGCGGUUGUUGAAGGUGGUGUGCCUGGCUUGAUUCAUCGAUUGGAAAGGCUCUAG